UGCAGCCCCACCAGAACCCCUCCGAGCAUCCUGCGGUGAUGCAGAGAGAAGCAGCACACGCAAGGGCUGUGCAAAACAUCAAAUCACAUCUUCACCCCCCUACACCUCGUGUGCUAAAGCGUUUCCCGGUGUUGAGGCAUCUCGGGGCACCCUCACCCCCUCCCUGGCCAUGCCCACACCGUGCCCGCGGGGGUGGCAGCCCUGGCACCAGGUUCGCCGUCACUUCUCCUUUCGGAGCGACGCGAGUCCCGGCGCGCAGCUGCUCCGAGGGAGCCGUUCUUUGGGGUGCACCCACGUCCUGCCACCCUCCCCGGGGGUGCCCACUGUCCCCAUCCCGCGGUGGCCCCGCUCUCGGCGUGACGCCCUUCCCCCCGCGGGCUCUGGAAACCGCAGCCGCCUUUCCGCGCUCCCUCCCGUCCCCGCCCGGCCGGAGGUGCAGCGGGAGGGUGGCCCCGACGCCCCGCGGGUGCCGGUGCUGGGCUGGCCGCCCUCACCCCCCGUGCCAGCCCUCGCCCGUCAGUCCUGCACUUGGGAUCCCACCGCGCUCCUCAGCACAGGUCCCAUGGCGCUGGGCCGGGCCGUGCUGGUGCUGCUGGUGCUGAGCCCCCUGCGGGUGUGUGGGGCUGAGCUGCUGGAGCCGGGGGUGCCCCGGGGCGGGCAGUGGGUCUGGGGGGAGGCCAAAUCCCUGCCCGUCUCCCGUGGGAAGAGGGAUGACAGUGGGCAGGAGCCCAGUGCCACCACGAUGAUCAGCAGUGACAAGAGCGAUGUGCCACCACCAGCAGGCGGUACCAAUGCCAGCCUGCUCCAUGUGCCAGCCACAGCCGACCCCAUGGAUGAUUCCCCCGAGCCUGAGCUGCUGCUGAGCUCUGCAGCACCAGUGCCCAGCACCAACGCCAGCCUGCUCCGGGUGCUUGCAGCGACCACUACAGCCGAGCCUAUGGAUGAGACAGAUUCCCCUAAACCCGACUUACUGGAGGACUCUGCAACACCAGCAGUGCCCAGUGCCACUGUAGUGCCCACCACAGCUGAUCCCAUGGAUGAGACAGACCCCCCUGAUCCCGACCUGCUCCCGAGCUCUGCCCCAUCACCAGCACCCAGCACCAAGGCUAGCUGGGCACUUGUGGUGCCAACCACAGCUGAUCCCAUGGAUGACACUGAUUCUCCUGCUCCCGACCUGCUGCCAGGCUCAGAGCCUGGCACGCCAUCAGCAGCCCAAAAGAGCAUCACCACCACCACCCCCAGCUGGCUGAUCGAGGAGGACACAGUGACUGAUGGCCUGGACAGCAGCUCCUCCACGGGGCCACACUCAACAGCCGCCCCAACCCUUGUGCUCAGCAGCACGGGCUACAACAAACCCAAAAAAUCCGCAGCUCCGCCUGCAUCGACCCUCCCGACCGCUUGGGACACGACUCCGGUGACCACCGCGGUGCCCUGGGAGCCCAGCGGGGUGAUGAGCAAAUGCCUUCUGGCCAUCCUGCUGCUGGGGCUGGUGGCCGCCACCUUCCUGGUGUGCACGGGGGUGUUGGGGACGCUGCUGUGGCGGCGGGCGCGGACGGGGCAGCGCCGCUUCGGCCCCACCGAGAUGGUUUGUAUCUCCUCGCUGCUGCCCGAUGCCGAAGCUGCCGCCGGUCCCCGGCCUGUGCCCGCCCGGAGGCACAAGCUGCUGCUGCCCGACGGCAGCUCCGAGCCCGAUGGAGACAACCUGACUCUCAGCAGCUUCCUGCCGGAGCACUCCUGAGCCCCGGGAUGGCUCCUGCCCGCUCCCCGGUGAGCCGCGGGCAGGGUGUCACUGUCCCCCCGGUGUUUAACUCGGACCGGUGUAACGGAGCUGCUCCCCCGCGGCCAACUCACCCCCCGAACCCCAUCCCAUUAAAGAGUUACAUGGA